UAAAAAUCAAUCCAGUCCCAAUGCAAAAGCAGCACCAGAUUUGCGUAAAACCCACUUGAUUGCUUCACCUUCCUCUCAAGCUCUCUUUCUUUCUCCCAAUAACUUGAAUUCUAAGUAUUAUUUAGUCCUCAUCCCUUUAAAUCAUCAAAUAUUAUUCUUGAUUUUGUUCCCAAUCAUACAAUUUACACAGGGAAAGAUAUCUAAAGACAUAUAAACCCACACCCUUCUCUCUAUCUCACCUUUCCAUGUCCGAAUCAUUCACAGGAUCACGCUAGCUAGCGGCUUACUUUAACCUUUUCUUUCUUUUUUUUUUUUUCUUCCUGUGGGUUAACGUUGUCUGUGUUUUGUCUUCUGAUCGAAAAUGGGGCGCCAUUCUUGUUGUCUCAAGCAGAAGUUAAGGAAAGGUUUAUGGUCUCCUGAAGAAGAUGAGAAGCUGUUUAAUUACAUAACGAGAUUUGGGGUUGGCUGCUGGAGUUCAGUGCCUAAGCUUGCUGGUUUGCAAAGGUGUGGAAAGAGUUGUAGAUUGAGAUGGAUAAACUACUUGAGACCUGACCUUAAAAGAGGAAUGUUUUCACAACAAGAGGAGGAUCUCAUAAUCAGUCUUCAUGAAGUUCUAGGCAACAGGUGGGCUCAAAUUGCAGCACAGUUACCGGGAAGAACAGAUAAUGAGAUCAAGAACUUCUGGAAUUCCUGUUUGAAGAAGAAACUAAUGAAGCAAGGCAUUGACCCUACCACCCACAAGCCGCUAAGCAAUAAUGUUGAAGCGAAAGAAGAAAAGAACCGUACAGAUUCGGUAGUGCUGCAAAUCCCACAGUCUAAGGGGCUCUCUGCUAGCGCUGUAUCAUCCUUCGCUGCUCAUGAGCCAACAUUUCUUGUCAGUGAUUCAGGUUGCUACAGUAGUGGAUUGACAGAAGCUUCGAGAGAGCAGUUUAUCAACAAGCAAGUCUACGAUCCUUUGGCUUACAUUGAUUUGCAGGCCGGGAUUGAUCCAAGUGGGUAUAACUCCAAUCUCGUACCACAAUACCACCCAAGUGUCAGGCCAUUUGAUCAGAACCAUUUUGAGACGAAUUCCAGCUUCACCUUCACUUCAAUGCCAAGUCUAACUAAUUUUGAUCACGGAAACAUGUCCGGAACAGACUUUUCUGAUAAUUCAGUUUCGAGAAUAAGCACUUCUUUCCUCCUGAACGAGGCAAAGGAGAGUUCUAGCAACAGCUCAAAUAUCAGCAGUUACACAGGGUUCCAGAUGAACAGCAUGGUGGAAAACGGAGCUUUCUCGUGGGAUGCUGAGAACAAGUUGGACUCCAUGUUUCAGUUUCAGGUCAACGGGAUCAAGUCCGAGGAAUUGAAACCGGGUUCAUGGCAAGAAGGCCAGCUUCACAACCACAAUUCGGUAGAUUUCAGUAGCUAUCCAUUAACGUCGCUGUCAGAAGAUCUAACCGCAGCAAAUUUUGAUGUCUUCCAGCAGAUAUGAACAGAACUGUAAAUGCAUUCUUUUUUCUUUCACCUCUUUGAAAAACCAAUACACACAGAUGUUGAUAGUACAGGACGACUUCUACUGAGACAAGGUUUGGAAUGAGUCUCUUAAUUUACCCUUCUCUCUCUCUUUUUCUAAUUUUCCUUUGGGUAUUUUUCUAAUAACCUGGUAGAGUGAUUUAGCUGUUCUCUCUGGGGAGUUUUUCAAUCUGUAUUCUUCUUCUAUUGUGCAUUCUUUUUUCUUUUGUUUUGGUUUUUUGUUUUCUUCCUGUAUUUGUUUUGAGAACAGUUGAAAUAAUGUACUUACAGUCACCAAGAGUGAAAACUACUAAUUCUUUUUUCUUGUGGUCCUAAGCUUUCC